ACUUCCGGUAGACCACGGAUGUUCCUUUGAGAUGUUUACCGAAGAACAUUGAAUUGGAAAACUUAAUGUGCACGUGCAUGUGUGAAGCGUUCUGCUAAGAAGGUAUAGUUGUCUAUUACUGGCAAUUUAUACAAAUAUGUGAAACAGUGGGAAUAAUGAUGGCGAAAGGAAUGUGAUUCCUGAAGUUAGCGAGGUGGUUGAACAACAACUGGUUGAAAAGCUGGUUCAGUCUAGAGAACUUAUGGAAAACACUGGAAUAAAGGUGAAGACAACUAAUGGUAUGGAGGGGGAGUGUGGUGACGCUCACGUGGAGGUUGAGUAUAGGCAAAGAUUGGGAAAUGAAAGUGGGCUACAGAUGGAAGAAGGGAGCAGAACAAAGGAAGCGGAUUUUGGAGGUUUAACUGCAUCAUAUGUAACUUCAGCACGGACAGAGACUGUUUCAGAAGUCGGAGGGCUACCUUCUGAUCCAAGGAUCAUUCGAGUUCCCUCCAUCUCAGAUUCUCAGGAGUGUGGUUCGGAAUCAGAGAAAAUUGUUUUGGAGUGCAGAACUCCAUUUCAAGAAGAAAAGGGGUCGAAAGUAUGUAAUGACAUGCAUACUCCUCCAAAUACUAUUGUGGACGAUCAACUUGUAGCUGAUGGAAAUGGAGGAGCGAUUACAUUAAGUGAAGAUAAGUGUGAAGAUAAGUGUGUACCUGUAUUGGAUGUAAUGUGCCCUGUUACAGAGUUAACUGUUGAUUUGUCAUGCCAGCGAGGAUCUGGAGAGAGGACUUAUUGCCUAUCGGGUAGUUCAGAUACCCAACUAGCAAAAGAGAAAGGCACAAUUACAGUCUCACCUCCCUUGUGCAGGACUAGUCUGUCAUUGGAGGACAUGGAGACUCAGGCAGAUUUCUCAAACACAACUAAACUAAAGGUGAAGACAGCCGAUGGUGUGGAGGGGGAGUGUGGUGAAGGCCACAUGGAGGUUGAGGAGUAUAGGCAGACAUUUGUAAACGAGACUGGGUUACAGAUAGAAGAAGGGAGCAGAACAAAGGAAGCUGAUUUCGGAGGUGUAACUGCAUCAGGUGUAACUCCAGCAUGGGCAGAGACCAUUUCAGAGGUAGGAGGGCUACCUACUGAUCCAAGGAUCAUUCCAGUUCCCUCCAUCUCAGAAUCUCAGGAGUGUGCUUCAGAAUCAGAGCUAAUGGCUUUGGAGAGCAGAAUUCCAUUUCAAGAAGAAAAGGGGUCGAAAUUAUCUUAUGACGUGAAUACUCCUCCAAAUACUAUUGUGGACGAUCAGCUUGUAGCUGAUGGAAAUGGAGGAGCGAUGACAUUAAGUGAAGAUAAGUGUGAAGAUAAGUGUAUACCUGUAUUGGAUGUAAUGUGCCCUGUUACAGAGUUGACUGUCGAUUUGUCAUGCCAGCGAGGAUCUGGAGAGAGGACUUACUGCCCAUCGGGUAGUUCAGAUACCCAACCAGCAAAAGAGGAAAGCACAAUUACAGUCUCACCUCCCUUGUGCAGGACUAGUCUGUCAUUGGAGGAUACGGAGAGUCAGGCUGAUUACCCAAACACAACUAAACUGAAGGUAAAGACAAUCAAUAGUGUGGCAGUGGAGUGUGGUGAAGCCCACAUGGAGGUUGAGGAGUAUAGGCAGAGAUUGGGCAAUGAGACUGGAUUACAGAUGGAAGAAGGGAGCAGAACAAAGGAAGCUGGUUGUGGAGGUUUAACUGCAUCAGAUGUAACUCCAGCACAGACAGAGACUAUUUCAGAAGUCGGAGGGCUACCUUCUGAUCCAAGGAUCAUUCCAGUUCCCUCCAUCUCAGAUUCUCAGGAGUGUGGUUCGGAAUCAGAGAAAAUUGCUUUGGAGAGCAGAACUCCAUUUCAAGAAGAAAAGGGGUCGAAAUUAUGUAAUGAAAUGCAUAAUCCAAAUACUAUUGUGGACGAUCAGCUGGUAGCUGAUGGGAAUGGAGUAGCAAUCACAUUGAGCGAAAAUCAGUGUCUACAUGUACUGAAUAUAAUUUGCCCUGUUACAGAGUUGACUGUUGAUUUGUCAUGCCAGCGAGGAUCUGGAGAGAGGACUUACAGCCCAUCGGGUAGUUCAGAUACCCAACCAGCAAAAGAGGAAAGCACAAUUACAGUCUCACCUCCCUUGUGUAGGACUGGUCUGUCAUUGGAGGAUACGGAGAGUCAGGCUGAUUAUCCAAAUACAACUAAACUGAAGCGGAAGACAACUGACAGUGUGCAAGUGCAGUGUGGUGAAGCCCACAUGGAGGUUGAGGAGUAUAGGCAGAGAUUGGAAAAUGAAACUGGGUUACAGGUGGAAGAGGGGAGCAGAAAAAAGGAAGCUGAUUUUGGAGGUUUAAGUGCAUCAGAUGUAACUCCAGCACAGACAGAGACUAUUUCAGAAGUCGGAGGGCUACCUUCUGAUCCAAGGAUCAUUCCAGUUCCCUCCAUCUCAGAAUCCCAGGAGUGUGGUUCAGAAUCGGAACAAAUUGCUUUGGAGAGCAGAACUCCAUUUCAAGAAGAAAAAGGGUUGACAUUAUGUAAUGACAUGCAUACUCCUCCAAAUACUAUUGUGGACGAUCAGCUGGUAGCUGAUGAGAAUGGAGUAGCAAUGACAUUUAGAGAAAAUCAGUGUCUACCUGUACUGGAUGUAAUGUGCCCUGUUGCAGAGUUGACAGGUGAUUUGUCAUGCCAGCGAGGAUCUGGAGAGAGGACUUAUUGCCUAUCGGGAAGUUCAGAUACCCAACCAGCAAAAGAGGAAAGCAUAGUUACAGUUUCAACUCCCUUGUGCAGGACUAGUCUGUCAUUUGAGGACAUGGAGAGUGAGGAUGAUCUCUCCCACACAACUGCCACAUUGCAACCAUCCCUGGAAGAAACUUUCUCCUCACACACCCAAGGUAAAGACACAGCAGAUGAGCGGACGCAAGAUAAAGCCGAAAAGUCAGAGGCAUCGAGACAGACAAAGAUUGAUGUUAGCGGACACAUGCAUACUUCCAUGGGUUUAGCAGAUGCAGAAAAUAAAUGUGAUGCCUUACCCCCAGUCAAUUUUCUGACUUCUGAACUGAAAUGCCUUGAGUCUAAAGUCCGGUCUCUGUCACAGUGUAAGCUUGAUGAAUGUUUAAGAAACUGCCACACUUUUGCCCCAAUAAUACCCAAACAUAAGCACCCUAAAACUGACAUGUGUCCGCCAACAGUGAUGACAGAACAACUUUCUUUUGAACCUGAAAUCAAAAGACGUCGAAAGAAGGGCAGAAGGAACAAUGCAAUGCCAGCAGAAACGGUCAGUUUUCCUCAGGAAUGGGACGCUGGACCCUCUUAUAACGAACAGAAUAAUCCAUAUUCACUAAGCCGGGGCAAUAAUGCCGCUGAGCAGCGACUUAAAAUAACAUCCAACCAAUCAAAAAGGAAAAGCAAUACCUUAAAGAUGAAGAGGGAAAUAGGAGACAAAUCUGUUGAUAUGGGUAGCGUGGAAGCACCCAUUAACCCAGAAGAAUGUAAGACGGCCCUGGAUUCAAGUGUACCUCAAAGCCAGCCAUCUAAAAAAUGUCAAGAACCUAAAAACUGGAUAUCGUCACUGCUGAAAACAGAGGUGCCUGGGGAAGGGCAUCAGGCUGUUGAUUCUAUUAAUGCAAAGCCUGAAGAGAAACCUGGGCAGCCAGAGUACUCAUUAAAGAGUGUAAUGGAGGGCAGAGCAGUUUCAGGGUUGCCUGAUAGCAAUACUUCUGGAAAGCAAACCGCAGAGGAAUCUCGUCUAGCCUUGACCAACAGUGUAUUCUUUGAAACUGCCAUUCCUCGUGCUGUGAAACCAGUUGGGAAUGUCACAGAAUCAACUGUAAAGCAUGCCGUAAAGAUACCCGGAGUUGAAGAUGAAAAAAAGCUGAUUGAUUCACAUCCCGAUAAUAGCCAUUUAACUGAAAGUUUUGAAGUGGUGAACAAUUCCAUGGGGAUUAGCCCAAAAGUACUGAGGAAAAAGAAGAAAAAAAGAAAAAAUGUGAGGAAAAAGAGGGCACAGACUGAAUUAGAGAUGGGUGUGGGAGAAGUCCCUAUUGGCAGAGUUGGUGAUAAAGAGGAAAUUAAUGGUCAGUGCAAAAAUGAGACAGAAAUCGCACAGGACAAGGAGGAAAAUGCCAAAGAUAAAUCUCCUGCUUGUUUCAGAGAAAAUAAAAAUAUUUUGAGUCCUGAGAGUAGUUACCACCAUAAGUCCCAAAUACACAAAACAAAGAAAGGGACCAAUGCUAAACAGCUUACAUUAUUCCCCCCAGAAACCCAUUUAAGAAGGUACAGCAGCACAUGCAGUGACAUCUCAGUCGAUCCUCCCCAUGCUCCAGAGAAGACUCUUUAUCACUCGCCAACAGUAUUGACAGUGUAUAAUGAAGUUCAAGAUGCCAGUUUCAUUAAACAAAAGCCCUGUAGAAAAAGGAGGGCCCGAAAAAACAAAAGAAAAUCCCAAGCAGUUGUUAAAAACCUCGGAAGUCAAGAAACAUCCAUAAUAAUCCAUGAAGAAGAGGGAGGAGCUAAUGGUGACGGCACAGCUGUUGCUUCAAAUGCAUCAGCAUCAAAUGAUUCUGUGUUUCACAAUAUAAAGAAAUGUGGUCAUCCAAGGAAAAAGAUUAUGAUAGAAGAGGCUAAUGACACGCAAAAGAACCUGCAAACAGUCAGUAAAUUUAUCAACAGCUCUUCUGAACAGCAUAGCCAAAAUGUUUCCCAAAUGGUUUUGAUGCCGCCCUCAGAAGUAAAGAAUGAGUCUGGAGAAACAUUUCAAACACCCACUACAAAGAAAAAUGUGAAGAAGCCCAAAAAACAAAAGCUAAUUUCCAGAGUGUCUCCAUUUGAAUUGGUUGAGAGUAAGGAACGUAGUGCAGACAUGAAGAUUCCUGACCCCACAAGUGACCUUCUAACGCCAGAACCAGGUGGAAGUGAAAUAGUCGGCACAUUCACACAAGUAGACAAAGAAGCACAGGGCAAGGCAAAGAAGGAAAUUAAAGCACAAAAAGAGGAGACGAAGGCAAUCACAUCGGUGAAGGAAGAACACAGGGGGACCGAGGAAAGACACAAAGGGCUUAAAAUCAGUGGAUCUGUUGGAAAAUUGAAAAAGAAACUUGGCCGGCCAUACAAGAAAAGAACACUUAUGAAAAUGGUGAAUCAGUUGAAGUUUGCAGAGGGAAAAAGACCGGAUGAAGGGGGUGCAUCUACCCUUACUGAACUGAGAAAUGACUUGUUGCCUCAGGGCAUUAUUUUACAUGUACCCAAAGGUUGCAAAGUAAAGGAAAUUAACAAGAAAGUAAACCAAGCAUUAAGCCCUCCAGUAACCAGUAACAUUAACUUCAGAAAGUAUAGUCGAGCAUGCAAAUUAACCACGGUUCAAAAAACGGAAGAGUUUGUUGCACAUGACCAUAAUCGCCUACCAUUGCUCACAGAUUCAGUGGAUCCACUUCAUGUUCAAAAUGGAGGGAUUUACUCAUCUCCAGCAGGAUCUUCGGCUCUGGAGGCAUCCAAAGAAAUUGACGCAUUAAGAUUUAUUGACCAGAAGCCCAAAAAACAAAGAAGGCCCCCAAAGAACAAAACAGAAACACAAGCUGCAAACAGUAAAGAUGCAGGUCAAGAGCCAUUGUUGAUUGCCCAUGAAGGUGGGGCAGAGGCAAAAUCUGCCAUCCCGAACAAUCUAGCAUCCAUCAAACAACGGAAACGUGGUUAUCCUAGGAAAAAAGUAUCAAAAGAAGAGAUUACUUGUAUCACAAAAAAUGUUCAAACAAGUGAGAAUGUUCUUAGUAAUCCUGAACAACAACAGAGCCACAAAGUUUCCCAACAAGAGUCAUCCUCAGAAAUCAAUAUGGAUUUAGAGGGACCAUCUGUCUUGUCUGUGAAUGAAACCGUGAAGAAGCCAAAGAAACAAAAAAGCAUUUCCACAGUCGAUCCAAAAGGGUUAAUUGAGAGUACAGAAAAUAAAACCGACAUGAAGAUUUUGGAUACAACUAGUAGCCUUGUAAUUUCACAACAAGCUGAAUGUAAAAUGAUGAACACAUUACGACGCGUAAACAAAAGUGAACGUUUCAAUCAUAAAAAAAUAAAAGGGGUGAAAGAGGAAAUAAUAGAGCCUACAUCUGUUCUUGGAGAAUAUACAAAAGCAGAGGACAUCAUUGUUGGCUCUGAGACUCAUGGGACUCUUAUAAAAUCAAAAAGGAAAAUUAGCAGACGAUGUAAAAAAAAGACACAAAAAAGAAAAAUUGCAAAAGUGUUUGCCAUGGAACAAAGAUCAAACUGUGUGGAUGUGUCUGCUGCAAAUGGACUGGAAGAAAGCUUUCCUCUGGACAUUUCUUCCCAACAAGUAAAGAAAUGCAAAAUAAAGAAAGAAAGUAAAAAGGUAAUAUCAGGAUCAUUUACUCCUUUAACCCAUUUGAGAAGAUACAGUCGAUCACGCAACAUCACCACCACAGAUAAAAUGAAACGCCAUUGUGCACAGAACCCUGAUAUGAACAUUUUUCUUGCUACAUCAGGUUCCAGGAAUCAGCUUAUUUUUCCAAAGGAAGAAAUGUCUCCAUCUCCUGCUGGAUCAGUGGCAUCUAAUAAAGCUCACAAUUUUGAAGAACAUAAGCCACCUAGACGAGGAAGGGCCCCAAAGAAGGAAAGAAAGCCUCCAAAAAGGAAAGAUAAAGGGCAAGGAAAUCAGGAACAAAUUCUGUCAGUCAAUGAGCGUGAGGUCGGGGCCACCUCUGUUAGCGAAAGUACAGGAACUGCAGAACUAAUUCCAAACAGUUUCAUAACCCAUAACCCACCUAAGUAUGCCAAUCCUCUCGAAAAAGUAUUAAAAGAGGAAACCGUUGUCAUCCAAGAAAACAUGCAAAAAACUGUCCGUGGAAAUUUGUUUGAGCAGCAAAUUUGUAAUGUGCCUGGGCAAGCUCUUGAGCCACCCUCAGACAUUAAAAAUGAUUCAACUGGAUCAUUUGAAACAUCAUUCUUGUCUGUUAAGAAAAAAAUAGUGAAGCGCAGGAUCCAAAAACCUAACUGUAAUACAUCUCCAGAAGAGAUGUCUGACAACACAGAGCACAGUGUAGACAUUAGUCAAGGUGUUGCAAAUGAUAUUUUAACUCCACAGCUACCUGGGUGUGAAACAUUUGGCACAGUCUCAUGGGUUGUUAAGGGAGCACAGAGCAAGAUGAAGAAAAGGAAAGCAGUAAAAGAGGAAAGUGUAAAGGUAAAACCAACCCUGGGAGAACCCAGGAAAGCAGUGGAUGUCCUUUCCAUACGUCAGACUGGACCUGUUGCAAAAAUAAAAAGAAAACUUGGUCGGCCUUACAAGAAAAAGACACUUAUGAAUAUGGCAAAACAGUUGGUAUUUAUUGAGGAGCAAAGAUUAAAUGGCACAGAAACAGCUACUCUUAAUCAAAUGGAAAAUCACAGUGGACCUCAGGAAAUUUCUUCCCAUCAAGCACAAGCAUGCAAACAAAUUAAAACAAGUAAAAAGGUCAAACUAACAAGCCCUCCAACUCCAGUUGCCCACUUAAGAAGGUACAGUCGAGCAUGCAAAGUCACCACUGACUACACAGUUGAUAAAAUUAAAGACCGCCUUGAAUAUAACCUUAAUUUGUCGUCUUCAGCAUAUCUUGGUGAUACCCUUCCGUCUUUUCCUGAGAUGGACAUUAAACAGGAAAUUAUAGAGUCAGUAGAGACUGGGAAAACAUCAGAAACAGUGGUUCAAUUUGCCUCAGCGAACACCGCACCUUCAGAAGCGCAAAGCCUCUCACAAGAACAUUCCAAUAUAAAAACCCUGGAAUUCAGCUCUGUGCUGAAACCCCAAGAAGACACUAAGAUACACGAGAACACCACAGCAUUCAGUACCUUGCUUUCAUUAGACACUGGAAUGACUCCAUCAUAUCAGGAAACUGUUGAACUUAAUACCACAGAUCUAGGCACAAAUAAGCCUCGGAAAACCAUAGGCUCCAAAAAGAAGGGCAGGAGGAGGAGAAGCACCUGUUGGGACCAUAGGAGAAAAGCAAAGAGAUUACUCCGCACUACACGGGGCACUUCACUAGGGACCUCCCAAGACGAUGGAAGGUUGGAACCUCCUUUAGAGGUGAAAGUACCAGCUGAGCAAAUGCAUAAUUCAGAUACCAAAUUAUUGGUUCUUGGACAAGGAAUACAUGUAGAAUAUUUAAAUUCUGAUGGAAGUGGGGCACAGUUACAUGAGGUUAAUUCAGAAAAGGUAGAAAGGAAAAUAUCCGUGGGUGAAGACCCAUUAGCUAAUAGUGAAAAUGAUUUUCCUUGUGCUUCUGAGAACCUGAAAGUGACAACUAUGUUGAACUGUAAGAGCCAAGAAUCUAAGGAUCUCGAAGUGGGUAAAGGACGAGAUAUUGCAAAUGUACACAGCCAAGAUGCUAAGGUUUUACCGAACUCCUGCAGUUCAGUGGGAGACCCUCAAACAAUUGAUGAAUUUCUGCCACCAAAGUCUGAAAAAGAAACUGAAGAAGAGACAACCGCAUUACUUUCUCGGGUUGAAUCGGCUGUUCUUUCAAGGGAACAACAGAACACUACAGAAUACCACGUAGAAGAGGGGAAACUAGUAAAGAUAAAGCCCAUUGAGGGUCUGGAAGCAGACCUGCAACCAACUUCAGGCCCUCUUAGCUAUACACAGGAGAGAUGUAAAAAGAGUACGCAUCAGAAUUGGAGUGUUAUAAAGGAACCAAGGGUACUGAGAGACAGAAACCGAGGAAAGAUCAAACAAGGUACUCAUGGGGCCAACUUGACACCUGUGGAAAUGUCCCAAUCCAAUUGUGAAUUCACAAAUACAACUCUGGAAUCCAAAAUGGAGGGAGCUGGCAAGCUGGGAAUUGAAGUCAUUUCGACAGAAUCUGAAUCUUCAGCAUGGAAGAAUGCCCCUGAAGAGGACCUGACAAUAAAAGAUGAGUCUUCUACAUCCUUGUUAAAUCAUUCUGGAAUGGAGGACCCGCAGGUGUUUGCUGAAAUGGAAGAACAGUCAGUCUUAAGCGAAGCUGUUCAAAUAGGUAAAUCGGGUAUUGAAAUGAAAGACCAAACCUUGUCUGAGGCAUGCUCCUCACAGUCCUCACUUUCCAAAUCUGUAGUUUCACACAACAUUUUAAUGCCACAACAAAGUGGGAGUGACACAUUUGGAACAGUCAUACAGGUUUGCAAGGGAGCACAGAACAACGUGAAGAAAAGGAAAGCAGUAAUAGAGGAAAUUGUGAAUGUAAAACCAACCCCGGGAGAACCCAGGAAAGCAGAUGAUGUCCUUGCCAUUCUUCAGACUGGUGAAGCUGUUCCAAAAGUAAAAAGAAAACUUGGUCGGCCUUACAAGAAAAAGACACUUAUGAAAAUGGCAAAUCGGGUGGAAUUUAUGGAGAAACCAAGAUUAAAUGACACAGAAACAGCUGCUCUUCAUCAAUUGGAAAACCACAGUGGACCUCAGGAAAUUUCUUCCCAUCAAGCACAAGCAUGCAAACAAAUUAGAACAAGUAAAAAGGUCACACUAACAAGCCCUCCAACUCCAGUAGCCCACUUAAGCAGGCAUAGUCGAGCAUGCAAAGUCACCACUGACUACAGAUUGAAUAAAAUGAAAGACCACCCUGAAUAUAACCUAAAUUUGUCUUCAACAUACCUCAUUGAUGCCUCUUCGUCUUUUCCUAAGAUUGAUGUUAAACAAGAAAUUAUAGGGUCAGUAGAGACUGAGAAGACUUCGAAAACUGUUUUUCAAUUUGCCUCAGCAAACACUGCACCUUCAGAAGUACAAAGCCUCUCACAAGAACAUUCCUAUACAAAAACCCUUGAAUCCAGCACUGUGAUGAAUUCCCAAGAAGACACUAAGGUACAUGAAGAUACCACAACAACAUUCAAUACAAUGGUUUCAUUAGAUGCUGGAAUGACUCCAUCAUUUCAGGAAGUUGUUGAACUUAAUACCACAGACCUUGUCACAAGAAAGCAUCGGAAAUCCAUAGGCUCCAAAAAGAUGGGCAGGAAGAGGAGAAAGACCUGGUGGGAUGAGAGGGGAAAAGCAAAGGCAUUAGUCACUACUGCACCUGGCACUGCACUGGAGCCAUCUCGAGAUGAAGGAGGAUUACAACCUGCUUUUGAGGAGAAAAUGCCAGAUGAGCAAAUGUAUUCAAAUACCAAAUCAUUGAUUCUUGGACAGAGAAUGCAUGAAAAUUAUUCGGAUUCUGACACAAGAGGGGAACAGUUAUAUGAUUUUCAUUUAGAAAAGGCAGACAGGGAAGUAUAUGUGGGUGAAGGUCCAGCUAAUGGUGAAAAUGAUUGUCAAUGGGCUUCUGAGGUCCUGGAAGCCACAACUAAGAUGAACUGUAAGAGCCAAGUAUCCAAGGGUCUAGAAGUGGGUAAAGAACAGGACGUUGCUCAUGUAUACAACCAAAAUGCUAUGGUUUUAACAAACUCCUGCAGUUCAGUGGAAGAUACUGGAACAAUUGAUGAAUUUCGAAUUCAGAUGCCUUCGAAAGAAACCGAAGAGACAAAUACAUUAUUUUCUCUGGUUCAACCGGCUGUUCUUUCAAGGGAACAACAGAAAACUAUAGAUGACCAAGUAGAAAACGGGAAAGUUGUAAACAUCAAGCCAAUUGAGGGCCUGGAAGCAGACCUGCAACCAACUGCAGGCCCUCUUGACCAUACACAGAGGAGAUUUAAAAGGAGUAAGUGUCAAAAAUGGAGUGUUAUGAAUAAACCAAGGGUACUGAGAGACGGAAACCGAGGAAAGAUCAAACAAGGUACUCAUGGGGCCAACUUGACACCUGUGGAAAUGUCCCAAUCCAAUUGUGAAUUCACAAAUACAACUCUUGAAUCUAAAAUGGAGGGAGCUGGCAUGAUGGAAAUUGAAGUCAUUUCGACAGAAUCUGAAUCUUCAGCACGGAGGAAUGCCCCUGAAGAGGUACUGACUACAAAAAAUGAGUCUUCUACAUCCUUGUUAAAUCAUUCUGGAAUGGAGGACUUGCAGGUGUUUGCCGAAAUGGAGGAACAGUCAGUCUUAAGCGAAGCUGUUCAAAUAGGUAAAUCGGAUAUUGAAAUGAAAGACCAAACCUUGUCUGAGGCAUGCUCCUCACAGUCCUCACUUUCCGCAUCUGUAGUUUCACAAGACAUUUUAAUGCCACAACAAAGUGGGAGUGACACAUUUGGCACAGUCACACAUGUUUUUAAGGGAGCACAGAACAACAUGAAGAAAAGGAAAGCAGUAAAAAAGGAAAUUGUGAAUGUAAAACCAACCCCGGGAGAACCCAGGAAAGCAGAUGAUGUCCUUUCCAUACUUCAGACUGGUGAAGCUGUUCCAAAAGUAAAAAGAAAACUUGGUCGGCCUUACAAGAAAAAGACACUUAUGAAAAUGGCUAAACAGGUGUCAUUUAUGGAGGAACAAAGAUUAAGUGGCAUGGAAACAGCUGCUAUCAGUCAACUGGAAAAUCACAGUCUUCCUCUGGAAGUUUCUUCCCAUCAAGCACAAGCAUGCAAGCCAAGAAAAACAAGUAAAAAUGUCAAACUAACAAGCCCUCCAAGUCCAACAGCCCACUUAAGAAGGUACAGUCGAGCAUGCAAAGUCACCACUGACUACAGAUUUGAUAAAACUAAAGGCCACCUUAAAUAUAACCAAAAUUUGUCUUCUUCAAUAUGUCUCAGCAAUACCAUUCCGUCUUUUCCAGAGAUGGAUAUUAAACAAGAAAUAAUUGGGCCAGUGGAGACUGUAGAAACCAUUGUUCAGUUUGCCUCAGCAAACACUGCACCUUCAGAAGUGCAAAACCUCUCACAAGACGACGCCUAUAUAAAAACCCUUGUAUCCAGCACUGUGAUGAAUUCCCAAGAAGACACAAAGGUACAUGAAAAUACCACAACAUUAAAAACUAUGGUUUCAUUAGAUGCUGGAAUGACUCCAUCAUUUCAGGAAGUUGUUGCACUUAAUACCACAGACCUGGUCACAAGAAAGCCUCGGAAAUCCAUUGGCUUCAAAAAGAGGGGCAAGAAGAGGAAAAAGACCUGGUGGGAUGAGAGGGGAAAAGCAAAGGCAUUACUCACUACUGCACCUGGCACUGCACUGGUGACAUCUCAAGAUGAAGGAGGAUUACAACCUGCUUUAGAGGAGAAAAUGCCAGAUGAGCAAAUGUAUUCAGAUACCAAAUCAUUGACUCUAGGACAGAGAAUUCAUGAAACAUAUUCAGAUUCUGACACAAGAGGGGAAUCCAGUUGUGGAUUCACAAAUGCAACUCUGGAAUCCAAAAUGGAGGGAGCUGGCAAGCUGGAAAUUGAAGUAAUUUCAACAGAAUCUGAAUCUUCAGCAAGGAUGAAAGCUCCUGAAGAGGUACUGACUACAAAAAAUGAGUCUUCUACAUCCUUGUUAAAUCAUUCUGGAAUGGAGGACCCGCAGGUGUUUGCUGAAAUGGAGGAACAGUCAGUCUUAAGCAAAGCUGUUCAAAUGGGUAAAUCGGGUAUUGAAAUGAAAGACCAAACCUUGUCUGAGACAUACGCUUCACAGUCCUCACUUUCCAAAUCUGUAGUUUCACAUGACAUUUUAAUGCCACAGAAAAGUGGGAGUGACACAUUUGGCACAGUCACACAGGUUUGCAAGGGAGCACAGAACAACGUGAAGAAAAGGAAAACCGUAAAAGAAGCAAUGACACAGCUAACAUCAACCCUCGGAGAACCCGGGAAAGCAGAUGAUGCCCUUGACAUACUUCAGACAGGUGGGGUCAUCACAAAAGUAAGAAGUAAACUUGGUCGGCCUUACAAGAAAAAGACACUUAUGAAAAUGGCAAAACAGGUGUCAUUUAUGGAGGAACAAAGAUUAAGUGGCAUGGAAACAGCUGCUGUCAAUCAACUGGAAAAUCACAGUCUUGCUCUGGAAGUUUCUUCCCAUCAAGCACAAGCAUACAAGCCAAGAAAACCAAGUAAAAAUGUCAAACUAGAAAGCACUCCAACUCCAGCAGCCCACUUAAGAAGGUACAGUCGAGCAUGCAAAAUCACCACUGAGUACACGUUUGAUAAAACUAAAGGCCACCUUAAAUAUAACCAAAGUUUGUCUUCUUCAACAUGUCUCAGCGAUACCGUUCCAUGUUUUCCUGAGAUGGAUGUUAAACAAGGAAUGAUUGGGUCUGUGGAGUCUGUAAAAAUUUCAGAAACCAUUGUUCAGUUUGCCUCAGCAAACACUGCACCUUCAGAAGUGCAAAACCUCUCACAAGACGAUUCCUAUAUAAAAACCCUUGAAUCCAGUACUGUGCUGAAUUCCCAAGAAGACACUAAGGUACAUGAAAAUACCACAACAUUAAAAACUAUGGUUUCAUUAGAUGCUGGAAUGACUCCAUCAUUUCAGGAAGUUGUUGAACUUAAUACCACAGACCUGGUCACAAGAAAGCAUCGGAAAUCCAUAGGCUCCAAAAAGAUGGGCAGGAAGAGGAGAAAGACCUGGUGGGAUGAGAGGGGAAAAGCAAAGGCAUUACUCACUACUGCACCUGGCACUGAAUUGGAGCCAUCUCGAGAUGAAGGAGGAUUACAACCUGCUUUUGAGGAGAAAAUGCCAGAUGAGCAAAUGUAUUCAGAUACUAAAUCGUUGAUUCUUGGACAUAAAAUACAUGAAAAUUAUUAUUAUCCACCUAAUGGUGAAAAUAAUGUUCAACAGGCUUCUGAGGCCCUGGAAGUCACAACUAAGAUUAACUGUGAGAGCCAAGAAUCCAAGGAUCUGCAAGUGGGCAAAGGACAUGACAUUGCUCAUGUAUACAGCCAGAAUGCUGAGGUUUUACCAAAGUCCUGCAAUUCAAUGGAAGCCACUGGAACAAUUGAUGAAUUUCUGCCACAAAUGCCUGAGAAAGGAACCGAAGAGACAACUCCAUUGAUUUUGCAGGUUGAAUCUGCUGCUCUUCCAAGGGAACAACAGAACAUUGUAGAAGACCAAGUAGAAGAUGGGAAACAAGUAAAAGUUAAGCUAAUUGAAGAUCUGGUAGCAGACCCACAACCUACUGUAGACCCUCUUGGACAAAUACAAGGGACACAUAAGAAGAUUAUGCAUCAGAAAUGCAGUUAUAUAACAGAACCAAGGUUACUGAGAGACAGAAAGCAAAGAAGGAUCAAACAAGAUGCUCACAGAGCCAAUUUGGCUCCUGUGGAAAUAUCUCAAACUUUCUGUGGAGUCCCACAUGAAACUCUGGAAUCCACAUCAGAGGGAGAUGGCAAACUGGAAAUUGGAGACAUUUCAACAAAAUCUGAGUCCUCAGCACGGAGGAAAGCCCCAAAAGAGGUACUGAGUACAAAUAAUGAUUCUUCUAAGGCCUUGUUAAAUCAUUCUGGUAUGGUGGACUUGCAGGUGUUUUCUGAAAUGGAGGAACAGUCAGUCUUAAUCAAAGAUGGUCAAAGCGGCAAAUCAGCUAUAGAAAUGAAAGACCCACCCUUGUCCAAGGCAUGCUCCUCACAGUCCUCAUUUUCCAAACUUGUAGUUCCAGAGGUCCAACAGAUAGGUGAUGAGGAAGAACAGGUAGAUGGGAAAGGCGAAGAGCUUGAAGAUGCUGAUAAAGGUGAUGGAAACAAUAAUGAGGGAGGUAAUGUAGGUAAGAUGACAGAUGAACCAAACCUAGUUGCUAAUCCCUCAGAACUACAGGUAUCUGCGUGCCUAACUAAGAAAAGUAAAUUUUCUGCAAAGUGCCAUUUUUGUGGACGCACAUUUCUUCACAUCACAGCCUACAUCAUCCAUCGCCGCAUCCACACUGGUGAGAAGCCUUACAGGUGCCAGGAGUGUGGCAAGACCUUUGCUCAGCUGUCUCACCUGAAUGCCCAUAAAAAGAUCCAUAAGCUAUCUGGACAUCUUCAGUGCCCACUUUGCACCAGCAGGUUCUCUCUCAGAGAUAAACUGCUUUCUCAUUUUCUGACACACACUAAUUACCUAAAUCAAGAGAAUUUGACUGGGGAAUCUGUGAAUAAUAGUGCUGGAAUUAAGGCCAAAAACAUUGGCCGUCUCUCACAGUCAGCUUUUUCUAUGCGAGAUGUAAAACCUUUCAAAUGCUUAAACUGUGGGAAACAAUUUCGCUACAGUGUCACCUUAAAAAAGCACACCUGCAUCCAACCAGAAGAUGCGCCCUUUUCUUGUAAAGUAUGCGAUAAGGCUUUCAAUAAAACCUCUAAACUCAUUGAUCAUGAGAAAAUACACUGGCCAAUUAAGCCAUUUGCCUGUAGCGUGUGUGGGAAAGGGUUUAGUCAGCUUGGAGCACUAAAGACUCACUCACGUACACACACAGGAGAGAAGCCUUUCUCCUGCGCUCGUUGUGGUGAUUCCUUCCUCCUGCUUUUAUCCCUGCGUGCACACCAGGCGUCCAAACAUUGUCUGUCCAAAGGAACGGGCGAAGAUGGAAACAAUGGCUGUAUGGAGGAUUUUCUGGAACGCCAGAGUCUAGAAGUGCAAGAAAACCCUACAGUGCCCUUUAAAUGUCAUGUCUGUGGCAAGAGCUGUGAUAGCCAAUCUGAGUAUAACUUUCACCUGCUAACGCACACCGAUGUUCAGACUUCUGUUUGUGGUGCUUGUGGGCAGCAGUUCAACACAAGCUCCGAUCGCAAUGCCCACCUGAAAAUUUGCUGCAGAUUAAAUGACAAGGAGCCACGAGAUGCAACUCCCUUUAAAGUUUAUGAUGCAUCACAUCUUCAGCAUAAUCAGCCCGUUCUGUCCCCAGAUCAUCCGCAAACACUACGCCUAAACAGUCAACAAUCAAAGUGCACAGAUCCCUCGGUAAACAGCGUGCAGGGUUUGGUUACUCAUCCACAGAACAGCUGCAAAUCUGCAGAGCUGCUGGAAACACAUCAGUCCUCAUCCACUGACUCCAGGCUGGUUAGUACCCCCACUAGUAGGUCCAUUGGGACAUACUGCAAACUCUUUAAAACUCCUCAAAGGAUAAAAGCCUGCAUUCCGACCGCUACCCCUCGUUACAGUUAUACAUGUGGGCGCUGUGGCAAGGCUUUGGGAAACUGGAAUAAGUACUGGCUGCACCAGCGAGCGCACCGGAAAAAACCAGGCGGCUUCUGUUGCCCUCAGUGCAGUAAGCACUUUCGCUUUCACGGACUGUACAGGGAGCACAUGCUAGAGCAUGCAAAGCAGAACCCUUACGCUUGUCCCAUUUGUCCCAUGGCUUUUGCUGACAAAGAACGUUUGAUGGACCACCAGGGAGAGGAACACGGGGCCUGCAAAACCCAUAACUGCCAUACCUGUGGAAAGUGUUUCAUUCAUCUCGGGAACCUGGAACGACACAAUCUCCUACACAGAUGUGCCCGCCGACGCAGGCGCUGUCUUGGCCUCCGCUCGGGUGUUCUUCCACGUCAGCUCACUGCCGACUCGCAUAGCCUUCCAGUACCUGAUAUGGCAGCUGAAGCCAUUUCACUCCACAGGUGUGGGGAGUGCAGCGCCAACUUCACGACUUUGGACUUGCUUGCCGUUCAUCAACUUUGCCAUUCCACUGGGGCCCAGAAUCCUCAUGAAGAUGGAGAAAUUCUGGCAGGUUCACUUGCACCAGAACACCAACCUCGACCUCGAUCCACGCCCUCACCCACACCAUUGCUAUCCUCAUCACCCUUGGUUAUCCCUGUUCAGCAUGAGAGCUUGUAUGCCUAUCCACACCCUGACAACCUCUACGUUUACCCCACCCCGUCUACCUCCUUUCCACCCCCAGUUCUUCCUUCUGUCACCAGUGUGCUGUGCUACCGUAACCCCUCCCAAUUGAACGCAAAUGACUCUGAACUCCCUGCGGUUUUUAACACUUCCGAUUCCAGCAGGUCUCCUGUGUGCAAGAAGCAGGUCCACUCUGACCACAUUUAUGCUGCGCCUGCUCCGGCAAGCCCAGCUCAGUCCUCGUCGCGUUCUACUUCCGUCUCAUUCUCAGCACCUCAGCUCCUGAUGCACUCGCCUCCGCCACAUACCAGCGACCCCCUUCAGCUGCCCCUAAGCAAUUCCUGGGCUCAGGCUUCUCCCAGUGCUGAGACUGACUGGAUCCAGCUCAAGUGCAAUGGGGAUUCAAGCGGGGACGUCUUCAGGGUCCCUUUGUCCUAUGUCAAACUUAAGAACAAAGAAGAGAUGCAGGAGAGUUUGGAAUGUGCAGAGUGUGGGAUGGAAUUUGGAGCGGUUUCGGAAUUGUACGAACAUUACAUACAACAUGCCAGAGGAGAGGUGUGAGGGAUUACAAAGGACAAGAAAAUACAAAACGAAAACCUUCAUUUUGUUUAGAAUAGGUUAUUUUGAGCUGUUAAAUUGUGACAGUGUGCCAGUUCUGUGCAGGGGAAGGUAGAUAAUGAACACAAAGAAUACCUCAGUGAAUGUGACUGGUCUUUUGGCAGUAAAUUGGUUAUUCUGUGAUGGGUUUUUUCCACAUCACAGGCUAAUAUAGGUGUAGGUGAGUGUGCAUUUAAGUUAGUAUGGUUAUAGACUUGUGUCUGUCCACUGCAAAGCUUUUGUGUUAGUCUUGCUUUAGCACAUGCUGCUAAAUUCCUUAAAAGGAAAGUAAUUCAGUUUUAUUAGUAUAUACUCACUUUCUGACUCUUCUAACAGUAUUUCUAUCAUGGGGGGGCAGGGCAGGGGUGGGGUGGGGUACAGACACUACCUUUGGGAGACUUUGAUGUGCAGUCCAUAGGGCAGAGUUAUCUCAAUCAAUCCAGUGUGAAGUGGGCAGAAAGGUGCCUGUCUACUGUGCUUUAAAAAUUCACCGUUUUCUUACUGAUUGUUCUUCCCAGAAAAUGUUGAAGAAUAUUUUGUUGCGUUUUGGGUAGUCUGGAACACUCCCCCCCCCCCAUCAGUCUCACAUAUGUUUUCCUAUCAGAUUCAUGAAUGUUAUGUACAUAAAAUAUACCUCAGUACAUCUAUAUUAUUUUUAAAACUUUUUUUUUUUUUUUUUUUUUUUACAGUUUUUUGAUUAUCUUUAUCAAGGGUGUGAAUAUAUAUGUUUGUGCUUCUUAUAUAAAAAAUGUUUUGCUUGGAUUCCUUUUCAAAAAAACUACAGUAUAGAAAGUCCCGUUUAGGCUUUCUACCCUUAAUACAACUAAUAUUAGAUGUUUAAAUCUGAUGUCUGUAAAUCUUGUAAGGUGAAGUAUAGGUCAUUGUUAGAACAAAUAUUGCUGUUGAACAAAAGUUUCAUCCAUUGUUCAGCAAAUAUGAAUGCCAUUAUUUCAGGAAAUGCAUGUUCUAAAUGAUACUGCAGCGCAUAUGUACAUAGUUCAUGUUUGCUAAAUGUGACUAGAGAAGCAUACAUUUUAGACAAAAUACUUGUUCUGGAAUAUAUAACCAAUUGUCACUUUAGUCUUGUUUAUAGAUUACAUUUUUUUUGCAGUUUUGUUCACAUCUGUAGAUGAAUAAAAAAAAUUCAGAAUUCAAAAUUCA